AUGGUAGUGCCAUCAAAGACUAACAAACGCUGCAUCUGCAUAUCAUCUUUCCACCCCUUCUUUCUCUUUAUCCUUGUCAAUUUCAUAACCUCUACAGCAAGGAACGAUGACACUUUCACGCCAUCUUGCUCAGGCGUCUAUGAAACCACUCCAAAUAGUGUCUUUCAAAGGAAUCUCAAAACUCUUUUAUCAUAUUUAUCUUCCAACGCUACUGCCAACAAAGAAUUCUACAACGCCACAGUAAUAGACAAAAACAACUCCUCCAACACAGUCUAUGGUUUAUUUAUGUGUAACGGUGAUGUACCUGCUCAUCUAUGUGGUCAGUGUGUCACAAAUGCGACCAGUUACAACUUAUCUUCAUACCAGGGCACUGAUUGUUCCUUCUCCAAAGAGGUUACGAUAAUGAAUGACGAUUGCAUGGUACGAUAUUCCAACAACUCUUUCUUCUCCAAGGUUGACUUAAGUAUACUUUCUACCUCUUGCUCCCCUGUCAAAGUGUCAAACCCUGCAAUAUUUGAGCAUUCAGUUUCUGAAGCUUUGAAUAGAGUGGCAGAUGAGGCAGCCAAUUCUUUAAUUGGCAUCAAGAAGUAUGCAACAAAGGAAGUAACGACAACUGAAUUUCAAACCUUUUAUUUUCAAGCUCGGUGUACACCAUAUCUUUCGCCACAAGAUUGUCGAAAAUGUCUGAAUACAACCAUAACAAAUUUAGUUCAGUCUUGUAGACUUGAAAAUAACGAAAUUAGAAUAGGAUCCUCUGAUACAUUCAGUUGUUACAUCAGAAAUGAUGUGUACCCUUUUUAUCGCCCUAGUAAUGCUACAACCCCACAAGAACUCAUUCCAGCUUCUGCUACAUUUGAUGUGAAUGGCAAUUUUUAG